UGCCUCUGGAACACGCAGGACUCGCCACACCGCCCCUCAUUUAGUGACUGUUUUGUGACCUCAAGCAGGUGUGGCGAAGACGCUCAGGUCCGUCCUCGUGCUGAAGAGCAAACGAGCCUUCCGAGGCACACGAAGGUAAGGGGGCAAAGCCGACAGCUCCAUCCCACUUUCAACCUUGUAGCAACCCGGCAGUGGCUCUAAGUGUUUAUCCAGGCAACCACACGCUGUUGAUGCGUCAUCAAUGAGUGCCGGACGGAGAAGGGGGGGGAACCGAGGCCUACGCGAAGGACGUGACGCCAUAAAUGUGCGCCUCGGAGAGCGCCGGCAGGGAGCCAGAGGAGACCAUGGUUCCUCGGCGCCUCCUGUUGGUCGGGGAAGGGAAUUUCUCCUUCACAGCUUCUCUGAUCAACACCCUGGAUCCCGGCGUCCGUAUUACCGCUACCUGCCUUCAGCACCCGGCCGAUCUGGAGGAGGAUCCGGUGACCCAGGAGAACCUACAGCGCCUGCGCGAGCGAGGUAUCGAAGUCUGUUUUGGUGUGGAUUGCACCCAGCUGGCACACGCCUUGCAAGCACACGACAGAGACUUUGAUCGAAUUUAUUUCAACUUUCCGCACUGUGGACGAAAAGCUGGAGUGGCUAAGAACAGGGAACUGCUUGCCAGGUUUUUCCAGAGCUGUGCUGAUGUUCUUGCAAAGGAAGGAGAGGUCCACGUGGCACUGUGCAGAGGACAAGGUGGAACUCCUGCUGAUAAGCCCCAGAGAGAGUGGCACAACAGUUGGCAAGUGGUUGCCAUGGCAGCCUUGGGAGGGUUCAUUUUAAGUGAUGUGUAUCCCUUCAGCUGUGAGGCUGUGCCAGGAUACAAAUGCACUGGGUAUAGGAGUCAGGCUAAGUCAUUUCAUGUAGAAGGUGCUUUGAACCAUGUCUUCACCCAGAGCUUACCCUUUGAAGGCUCUCAGCCCAGAGCAUUCAGAGUCAGACUGGAAGACCAGUGGUUUUCCUUUACAGAACCAGAAGGACUUGCAGGAAAGUUGAACAGGACUGGAAAUAAAGCAGGGCAAGUCUGGGCCCCUGAAGGAUCCACUGCUUUCAAGUGUCUGCUCUCAGCAAGGUUGUGCGCUGCUCUUCUGAGCAACAUCUCUGACUGUGAUGAAACAUUCAACUACUGGGAACCAACACACUACCUCAUCUAUGGGAAGGGGUUUCAGACGUGGGAAUAUUCCCCAGUGUAUGCCAUUCGCUCGUAUGCGUACCUGUUGCUGCAUGCCUGGCCAGCUGCGUUUCAUGCCCGGAUUCUGCAGACUAAUAAGAUUCUUGUCUUCUACUUUUUGAGAUGUCUCCUGGCUUUUGUGAGCUGUAUUUGUGAACUUUACUUUUAUAAGGCUGUGUGCAAGAAAUUUGGGCUGCAUGUGAGUCGAAUGAUGCUGGCCUUCUUGGUGCUCAGCACUGGCAUGUUUUGUUCAUCAUCUGCAUUCCUUCCUAGCAGCUUCUGCAUGUACACCACACUGAUCGCCAUGACCGGAUGGUAUAUGGACAAGACACCCAUUGCUGUGCUGGGAGUAGCAGCUGGGGCGAUCCUAGGAUGGCCAUUUAGUGCAGCCCUUGGUUUACCCAUCGCCUUUGACUCGCUGGCCCUGAAAAACAGGUGGAAGAGUUUCUUCCAUUGGUCACUGGUGGCCCUAAUUCUCUUCCUGGUACCCGUGGUGGCCAUUGACAGCUACUAUUAUGGGAAGUUGGUGAUUGCUCCUCUCAACAUUGUUCUGUAUAAUGUCUUUACCUCUCAUGGGCCUGAUCUUUAUGGUACAGAACCAUGGUAUUUCUACUUAAUCAAUGGGUUUCUGAAUUUCAAUGUUGCCUUUGCUUUGGCGCUUCUGGUCUUGCCACUGACUUUUCUUAUGGAGUACCUGCUACAGAGAUUCCAUGUUCAGAAUUUAGGACACCCAUACUGGCUUACCUUGGCACCCAUGUACAUUUGGUUUAUAAUUUUCUUCCUUCAACCUCACAAAGAGGAGCGGUUUCUUUUCCCCGUGUACCCACUUAUAUGUCUCUGUGGUGCCGUUGCUCUUUCUGCACUGCAGAAAUGUUACCACUUUGUGUUUCAACGAUAUCGCCUGGAGCAUUACACUGUGACGUCCAGCUGGCUGGCAUUAGGAACAGUCUUCCUGUUUGGGCUCUUGUCAUUCUCUCGCUCUGUGGCUCUGUUCAGAGGAUAUCAUGGGCCCCUUGAUUUGUAUCCAGAAUUUUACCGAAUUGCCACAGACCCAACUAUCCACACUGUCCCAGAAGGCAGGCCUGUGAAUGUUUGUGUGGGAAAAGAAUGGUAUCGGUUUCCCAGUAGCUUCCUUCUGCCUGAUAAUUGGCAACUUCAGUUCAUUCCAUCAGAGUUCAGAGGUCAGCUACCAAAGCCUUUUGCAGAGGGACCACUGGCCACUCGGACUGUUCCUGCUCACAUGAAUGACCAGAACCAAGAGGAAACUUCCAGAUACAUUGACAUCAGCAAAUGCCAUUACUUAGUGGAUUUGGAUACCAUGAGAGAAACACCUCGGGAGCCAAACUAUUCAGCCAACAGAGAAGAAUGGAUCAGCCUGGCCCACAGACCGUUCCUGGAUGCAUCUAGUUUUGUCCAUGAGUACUGAGAAAUUUAAGAGUACUCUCUUCUUGAGGCCACGGAAUGCAAAGUACAUUCUAUUAUUAUCGUAAUGAAAGGUCCUGAGUAGUACAGGUAGGUCGACUGUGGAAAC